AUGGUCUUUGAAGCGGUAGAGGCUCUCAACGAUCGUAGAGGCGUGUCUCUGCACUCUAUCAAGAAAUAUCUCCGGGACAACAAGAAAGUCGACACCGAAGCGAAGGCGCUCUCCAUCAAGAACCACCUCAAAGCCUUUGUGGAGGAAGGGAAACUUGUUCAGUUAGCAGGCACGGGUGCGAAUGGGACCUUCAAGAUACCUGGAAAGAAGACCACGUCACAGAAAGCGUCCGCAUGCUCCAGGGUCGUCACCAAAGUUGCGAGCAGACCGAAGAUUGGAAAACUACCUUCGAGCAUUAAAGACCGCCAGAGUUUUAAGAAUGCAACAAAUAUGCACCAGAAAGUAUCGAAGAAGGCUCUGAAGGGGAAGAUGGGCAUGAAACGCCUGUAA